AAAAAAGGGGAAAAAUAAAAAUAAUAAUUUUUUUUUUUUUUUGUAUGUUGUGUGUGUUUUAAAUAACAUGGGUAAAUGUGAUGUGACCAGUAGAUACGUGAACUAGUGCAAAGGUCGUGACGUUAUUGACGUCAGGUAUAACUUUGGGGUGAACUUUAGUGAAAAAUAAAUAAUAAUAAUGGAUUUUUCGUAAAAAAAAAAAAAAACAAUAAAAGUGAUUUAUAAAUAAAUAAUAAACAAGUGCUUAUGUUUAGUGAAAUAUUGGAUAUCAGUGCAAUGUUUUGUUACACAUAAAAACAAUUGUAUUUAAAUAAUUUUAAAAAACAUUAAAAUGAUUCGCUGUUGAUUUUAUUAAUUAUGUCCUGACAUCGGGCCACGGGCCAUCAGGAUGCCGGUAGACGAUGAUUAUGGCCAACGAGAACGUCUCUUAUUACACCAGCACCCUACAAAAAAAUUUGAAACAUCAACGACGUUGUCAACAUCCGGAAGUAUUAUCACAGCAAAUACCGGAAUACAAAUUAAAACAAAUAAUCCAAGUAUGGUCACAAAUUGUACAAACACUAGAAAUUCUCCGGAUUCUUAUCAAUGCAAAUUACAACAACAACAACAACAACAAUCAGAAAGUAAUGCAGCAUCAGCAAAUAUUAAUAAUAUUAGUAAUGAUAAUAAUUCAACAAAUCAAACAUGUGAUUAUGUUAAUAGAUAUAAAAUUAAUAAAUACGAUAAACAAGAAGAUAAACAACAAUAUAGUGAUCAAUCAAGAUCAAUACCAUCGUAUUGUGAACGGUUAGAAAUGGCACAUAAUCAUCCAACAUCAUUUACAAAUGAUAAUUUAGGUAUUUCACAAUUUUCAAAACAACAACAACAACAAAAUACAGCCAUGGGAUAUACAAUACCAACAACAGAUCAAAGAUUAUCAUUUUCUUCAAAUGAUAAUUAUCAAUCAAAGACAAAAAUAACAAAUGAAUAUGCAAAUUCUGAUAUAUUAACAUUAUCAGCAUCAAUUAAGCCAUUUUCAUCUGAAAAUUUUCCAUCACCACCAUCACCAGCACCAACAAAUGAUCAUUUUGUACCACCACCACCAUUAUCACCAACACCAAGUGAUAAACAAAAUAUUAAAAAUCGUAAUUUAUGUAGAUAUCCAUCAGAUGAUUGUGUAAUACCACCUGGUUCACCUGGAUUAAAUCGUGAACGUUAUAUUAACAAUGAUUCAUCAACAAUUAAAAAUCGUUUUUCAUCAGCUGAAAGAUUAUUAGGUAAUAAUAAUACACAAAAUAUAAUACAUGACAAUCGUGAUCAUCAUCAACAACAACAACAACAUCGUUAUUGUUCAUCAAAUGAACGGUUACUUGAUACUGGAUCACCAUUAAUUAUGACAUCACAUCAACGUGAUAAUAUUACAAAAGAUAAUGAUAGAUAUACAGUAUCAACAGAACGUCUUAUAUCAUCAUCACCAAUACAUCCAGCAUCAUUUACAAAUAAAACAACAACAACAGCAACAGCAACAACAGAUAGAUAUACAAAUAAUUCACCAACACAUGAACGUUAUCAAAGACAAGAGCUAUCAAAUUAUCAAGAUCGUUAUUCAUUGAUAACAAGUAGUGAUAAAUAUUUAUCAAAUUCAAUGAAUAAUGACGAUACAAAUAUGCAUUAUUCGUCAACUGAAAGAAUACUUGGUGGAGCAACAACAGCAGCAGCAGUAACAACAUCAGCAACAUCAUCAACAACAACAACAGCAACAUCAUCACGUCGUUAUUCAUCAACAGAUCGUGAUAAUGACAAUCAAAAAAUAAAUGAAAGAAUUGAAAGAUGUAAAACAUCAAGUCCAAUUGUUAGUGAUUUUUUAUGUAGAUUUUCGGGUAUUCAAGAUACAUUAAAUCAAUCAAGACAUACUAGUGAACAAUUUAAUGAUAUAUCACAUCAUCGUUAUACACAAUCAUCAAGAACAAAUGAUAGAUAUAAUGAUCAUUCAUAUUUUACAAAUUCACCACCAGCAACAUCAUCAUCAGCUAUAACAACAUCAUCAUCAUCAACAGCAACAACAGCAGCAACAACUACAUCAACAGAAACAUCAACAAUUUCAACACAUGAUAAUCAUCGUUUAACAUCUGAUAUAUCAAAAUAUUCAGAUGUAUCAUCAACUGAAAGACUAUAUAUAUCAUCAUCACCAUCAUCAUUAGAACACAGUCGUUAUCAUAAUAAUAAUAACAAUACAUCAUCAAGUCCUGUAUCAACAACAAAUGAUAGAUAUCAUAAACAAUCACCAAUUCAUGAUAAUAAUCAUCAUAAUUAUCAAUCACAAAGUUUAAUAAAAAAUGAUAAAUUUAUACAAGCAACAAAAUCAAAUUAUGAACGUUAUCAAUUGACAAAUCAAGAACGUAAUUAUGGUUUUGAACGUUAUGGAAAUGUAAAUAAUAGAUAUCAAUGUAAUGAACAUGAACAACAGCAACAACAACAACAACAACGUGUUUAUGGUACAUCUGAACGUUAUUCACCAGGUCGUAAUAUGACUGAUAAAUAUUUAUCAUUACCAAAACCAAAAGAUACAUUUCAGCAAGGUAGAUUAACAUCAUCAUCAUCAACAAUGUUAUCAUCACCAAUAAAUAAUGAUACAAGAAGUUAUAAUAAUAUAACAUCAUUAAUAUCAACAAGUAAUACAUAUGUACCACCAAAUGCACAUACACCUGUCGAACGUUAUGUACCACAACCAUCACCAGAUGUUUAUUAUUCAGAUAGAUAUAAUGAUCGUUAUUUACCACCAGUUGCUCAUACACCAACUGAUCGUUAUGUGCCUUCAACAACUGGUGAUUCAAAUGAUCCAUAUAUUAGACGUGAUCUUGGUUUUCAUCAUCAUUAUAGACUACCACCACCACCAACAUAUGCAUUUCAUCAAUCACAUUAUCGUGCAUUUCGUGGUUAUCCAUAUACAUCACCUGGUAGAAUUGGUGGUAGUCCUGGUUCAAGUAGUUCAAGUAGUUCAACAUCAGCACAACGUGAAUUUUCAACAUCACCAUUAUUAAGAACAAAAGUUAGAACAACUGGUAUUGAUUAUUGUACAUCAACAAAUUUAGGACGUAAUAAUAAUCAUUCAUGCUGUACUGAAUUAACAAAUGGACAAAGAUGUUGUUGUUCUGUUAGAAGAUCAUUACCACCUGGUGCAUUACCAUCAAUUCCUUCAAAUCAAUCAGCACCAUCAUCAUGGCAACAAUCACCUAGCUCAACAACAACUGGUACAUCAACAAUAUCAACAGGUACUGAUGGUGAAUGUAGUCAUCAAAGUCUAAAUAUGUAUACAGUUGGUAAUAGAAGUGGUAAUGUUGCACCAGAUAAAUCAACACUAACUGUACCAGCAAUAUCACCAUCAGCACCAUCAAUAAGUGGUUCAACAAUGGAUUUAAAUACAUCUGGAACAUCAAUAACAAGAAGUAUGUCAGCACCAGCUGGAGCAAGACCCAUUCCAAUUAAAUUACCAACAAAUUCAUCAAAUAUUAAUAACAGUGCAACAAAUGUUGGACAAAGACCAAAUUUAGAAAGAAAUUUCAGUCGUACUGAAGCUAUUAAAAAUUAUAUAAAAAAAGAAACUGCAACAUUUUUUGGUGUUAAUGAAGAAACAGAAAAUAUUGAAAAACAAAGAUGGCUUGAUCGUCGUCGUCGUAUGGCAUCAAGAAAAUAUGGUACAUUAUUAAAUGAACAUAAAACAACAGAUCCAGAUAUAACAAAAGAUGUACCAGAUUCAACUGAUAUACCAGAUGAUGUGACAUUGAGAAGAUUACAACAACCAACUGAUAAAAAAGAAUCAGUUGUUAGAAUGACAUUAUCUGGUAUUAAUUAUGUUGUUGAUACAAUAACACGUAAUCGUUUACCAGAAGAACAAAAUAAUCAAAAUAAAUCUCGUAGUUUUCCACCAAGAGUUAGAGUUGAUACAAUAACUACUAAAAAUAAUACAACUUGUAAUGAAAAUAUUAAUAAUACUGAUGAACAAACAGCUGAUGAUGAUGAUGGUGAUAAUAAUGAAGAAGAAUUAUUUUUUCGUAAACAACAACCUUGUCCAUCAUCACCAACUUUAUUUUCAUCAAAUAAUACUGAUCAUCAUAUGUCUAUUAAUGAAAGAACAGUUGCUGAUGGUAAAAUUGAUGAUGCAAAAUCAUCAAAUUUAGAACAUACUGGUACAAAUGAUUGUCAUACAAGUGAUCAUACUGAUGCCAGUGAUGUACACAUAAGUUUUGCCAAACACAAAGAUGAUAGACCAACAACAUUAGGAACACAAGCACCUCGUAGAGUACGACAUUUAGCAAGGGACCAUUAUACAUCCAAUAGAGCAACAACAAAUUGGCAAAGAGCACGACAUGAAUCUGAGACUGAUAUUGAAACAUCAGUAAUACCAGUACGACAACAAUCUGAUGGUGUUACAAUGAGACGCGAAAUAACUGGUGGUACACGUAUUGCAUCAAAUACAAUUGAUAGAAUAUUUGAUAAUAGUAAUAGACGACAAUAUGGAAUGGGCAUUGUUGGACGUUAUUUUGGAAGAUCAUUUCGUAAAAGUGUUGCACAAAAGCCAAAUAUUAAAAAACAACUUGAUCAUAUUGAGGAUCACAGACCAUAUUUUACAUAUUGGAUAACAACAGUUCAAGUACUUGUUUUAAUUAUUUCUAUUGUGUGCUAUGGAUUUGGUCCAAUUGGAAUAGAUCUUAAUCAUCGUUCUGGUUUAGUACUUGUAACGAGUCUAUCACUUCAACAAGUUGAUUAUCAAGAACCAGCAAAUUUUUGGAUUGGUCCACGAGCAGCUGAUUUAAUUCAUUUAGGUGCAAAAUUUGGACCAUGUAUGAGACGUGAUACAAAAAUACUCAAAGAAAUUGAUGUUUGGAGAGAAAGAGAACGUGAUACUGCUUGUUGUAUUAGAAAUGAUGAUUCUGGCUGUGUACAAUCUAGUAAAGCUGAUUGUUCAAUUCGGGGAAUGAGAUCAACUGUUGCGAAUACAAUAUCAACAUGGAAAAAAUGGGGUCCUGGUGAUAAUGGUCCUGGUGGUAGAAUAAGUGGAUCAGUAUGUGGUCUUGAUCCAAAAUUUUGUGAUGCACCAGCAAGUGUUGCACCAUAUGAAUGGCCAGAUGAUAUAACAAAAUGGCCAAUAUGUCGUAAAAUAAAUCCAUUUAGUGAAAGAUUUAGAAGUAAUUUUGAGCAACAAGGUGGUAAUGAUGAUUAUCCAGUUGGUCGUUAUAAAGAUAAAAUGGCUGAGCAUAUGGUUUGUGAAGUUAUUGGACAUCCUUGUUGCAUUGGAAUACAUGGAAUGUGUAGAAUAACAACAAAAGAAUAUUGUGAUUUUGUACAUGGUUAUUUUCAUGAAGAAGCAUCAUUAUGUUCACAAGUUGAAUGUCUACAUGAUGUUUGUGGUAUGAUGCCAUUUUUUCAUCCUGAAUGGCCUGAUCAAUUUUACAGAUUAUUUACAACAAUAUUUCUUCAUGCUGGAAUUCUUCAUUUAAUAAUCACAUUAUUGGUUCAAUAUUACUUGAUGAAAGAUCUUGAAAAACUGACUGGUUCAAUAAGAAUUUCAUUCAUAUAUUUUACUGGAGCAUUGGCUGGAAAUUUAGCAAGUGCAAUAUUUAUUCCAUACAGAGCUGAGGUUGGUCCAGCUGGUGCACAUUUUGCAUUAUUUGCAACACUUGUAGUUGAAGUAUUAAAUUCAUGGCCAAUGUUAAAAUAUCCACAUCGUGCUCUUUCAAAAUUAAUAAUAAUAUUAAUUUGUUUUAUAAUAUUAGGUGUAUUACCCUGGGUUGAUAAUUAUGCUCAUAUAUUUGGUUUUAUAUUUGGUUUUUUAGCGUCAUAUGCAAUGAUGCCAUUUAUAACAUUUGGUCCAUAUGAUAGACGACGUAAAAUAUUAUUAAUAUGGAUAUGUCUUGUACUAAUAUUUAGUUUAUUUGGUAUAUUAUUAGUGUUAUUUUAUAGUAUGCCUGGUUAUGAAUGUGAAGUAUGUAAACUUGUUAAUUGCAUACCAUUUACACGUGACUUUUGUGCUUCCCAAAAUAUAAAUUUUAAAAGAGAAGAAACAACUGUAUGACAUCCGGGGCCGCGGUUACCAAUCGAGCGUGAUGAUGAACCGAUCGGCCCUGAAGUUUACGCUCGUUUCUAUACAAUAUAUAAUAAUGUUACAAAUAUAAAUAUUAAAAAAACAAAUUGAAUUGUAACGGAAUAUAAAUUAACAUUAUAUUCGAAAUUACUUUUAUCAUUUAAUCGAAACGUCAAAUAUUUCCUUUUAUUUUAAAUUGAAAAAAUGAAAAAAAUAAUAAAUAAACUGCCCUUGCAUAAUUGAAUAAAAGAAACUUUUUUUUUUCGGCAUUUUAUUAAAACAUUUGUACAGUUAUAAUAUAAUUAAAAUUACUGGACAUUCCGAUAAUAUAUUGUCCAAAACUGCCAAUCUUAAAAAUUCAUUAGAAAUAAAAAAAAUCAAUUAAUUUAUUAGAUUUAGAAAAUUAAUUUUCAUUUAUAUAAUAUUAAUAUAUAUAAACAUGAUAAUUAUGUACAUAUUUAUGAAGGUCAAGAGCAUUUAGAAAAAAAUUUUUUUUUAUUUUUCAAUUAAUAAUUAUUAAUUUAUUAUCUAUAUAUAAUAAUAAUGAAAAUAAUUUUUGUUUUAUUUAAUUUUUUUAAUUCAGUAUUUAAAUUGUGAUUUAAAAAAUAAUAAUUUUUUUUUUUUUUUAAUAAAUUUGUCAAUAUUUAUCAAUUAUCGAUGUAAAAUCAUGUAUGUAUGAAAAUAUGCGUGUGUGUAAGAUUAAUUAAACUCUCCCAAAGUUGAAUGUAAGAAGAAAAAAUGUUAUCAUUUUUAUUGUUUGAAUUUUUAAAAAGUUUAUAUGGUCAUUUUUUUUUUAUUUCUUUUAUUGUUUAUAUUUGAGAUCUUUGGAAAAAGUUGUCUAACUUAUUCAUCAUGCACAAAAGGCUUAGUUAAGUAAUUAAAAAAAAAAACAAGUAAUUGAUAUUAAAAAUGAUAAAUGAAAGACUGGAUCUUAUGUUGAUGUUGGUUCUAGGAUUGCAUUAAAAUGAAAGUGAAAAGAGGAAUGAACUUUCGAACCUCAUUUUUUAUACGAAAAAAAAUUUAAAAAAAUUAAAAAAAAAAAAAAAGAAACCAUGUAAAAACCAAAAUAUCAUAUUCGAAAAAAAAAAAAAUAUAUAAGUACUAUAUCGAUAAAUAUAAAAUAAAUAAAUAAAAAAUCAUGAGUAAUUAAUUGUAAAUAAAUGAUAUUAAAAGACAAGUUGAAUAGAUUGCAGAUAAAUUAAUAUAUUCGAUUUAGUCAAAUUUAAAUCGUCUAAAUUAUCUUGUAACCGAGAUGAGUGUGUAUUUUAAUAAAAAAAAAAAGAAAAAAAAACUAAAACAUAACGAAAAGAAAGGUAAGAGAGAUCAAAUAAUUAUUUCGAAAAAAAUAAAAUAAAUAAAAUGUACACUUAAAAUGUUGGUUUUGUUUAAUUAAUGAAUUAUUUAAAAUGUACAAUUACCUUCAUAUUACAUGUAGAUAAUUACUAUCGUAAAAAUUGUAACGGGUAUUAUUCUAAAGAUAAAAAACCUACAGAAAAAUUGUUUAAUUACACAUGACGUGUGAAGCGACACGUUUGUAGAGAAAAAAAAAAAAAAACAGAACCAUGUAUGCACCCUAAUAUCAAAAUGUGCCACAAAAAAAAUUACUAUUGUAAAUCAAUAAUUGCUACAGCAAUAUAUAACAUUACCAUCAUGCAUAUAAGUAUCACGAAAAAAAUGAUAAUUAAAAGAAAAAAUUAAAAACCUACAAUUCACUACUACUUCUAUAAUUGCAUUCUACUCUCAAUAUGACUUCAUAUAUAGAAGAGA